GCAUUAGGAAUGACAAUUUAUAACAUCUGUAAUCCUGGAGUACGAUAUCCAUAUCAACUAGACACAAAGGAAAAAACUCCCUUUGGUUUCCAAAGUUUCCUAAUGAAACAACAGGAAAAUGGCAUACGCCCAUCAAAUUCUACAAAAUACAGAGCUGUCCAAGAGACGAAGUGGAAGAAGUUAAUGUGUAUAUACUUCCAGUGCACAACUGUAGAUCCAUAUGACCGACCAAUAGCUGCAUGCGUGGUCAGUGAACUAGAAAAAGAUGAAUCGGUACAGCUUCAUGAAGAUAAAAAAUCCAGCAAAUGUACAUGA